UCUUACAUUUCCCAGUCUGUGCUGUUGCGGCUCGCUGGCAGUCUGUGGUGGGAGUGGACGAGGGCUCCCCACUGACGCUCGUCCUCAACAUUUGCCCGACUUUUUUCCAUUUUUGAGUGGUUUUUACUGACCGAGGCCGGAGUGGACGGACUUGCUGUGUUGACAAAGGAUCAGGAAGCUGUGUCGGCCGCAGUUUGAGAAAGGAACAUGGCUUCCCAGGCUGAUUUGAUGGAGCUGGACAUGGCCAUGGAGCCAGACCGUAAAGCAGCAGUCAGUCACUGGCAGCAACAGUCCUACCUGGACUCAGGCAUCCAUUCAGGGGCCACCACAACUGCUCCGUCUCUCAGUGGGAAGGGCAAUCCUGAGGAGGAGGAUGUUGACAACCAGGUCAUGUACGAGUGGGAGCAGGGCUUUAACCAGAGUUUCUCCCAGGAACAAGUACAAGACAUCGACGGUCAGUAUGCCAUGACACGGGCCCAGCGGGUGCGCGCUGCGAUGUUCCCAGAGACUCUUGAGGAGGGCAUGCAGAUCCCUUCCACACAAUACGAUGCAGCAAACCCGACCAACGUCCAGAGGCUGGCAGAGCCCUCGCAAAUGCUCAAACAUGCUGUGGUCAACCUCAUCAACUAUCAAGAUGAUGCCGAGCUGGCGACCAGAGCCAUACCGGAACUGACCAAGCUACUCAAUGAUGAGGACCAGGUUGUAGUGAACAAAGCGGCAGUGAUGGUCCACCAGCUGUCAAAGAAAGAAGCGUCUCGUCACGCCAUCAUGCGCUCGCCUCAGAUGGUGUCGGCCAUCGUCAGGACCAUGCAGAACACAAACGAUGUGGAGACGGCUCGCUGUACAGCAGGAACCCUGCACAACCUGUCCCACCACAGAGAGGGCCUGCUGGCCAUUUUCAAGUCAGGAGGAAUACCAGCGCUAGUUAAAAUGCUGGGUUCACCUGUGGACUCCGUCCUGUUCUACGCCAUCACCACGCUCCACAACCUCCUCCUGCAUCAAGAAGGUGCCAAGAUGGCGGUUCGUUUAGCUGGAGGUCUGCAGAAAAUGGUAGCUUUGCUCAACAAAACUAACGUCAAGUUCUUGGCCAUCACCACCGACUGUCUCCAGAUACUGGCCUACGGAAACCAGGAAAGCAAGUUGAUAAUCCUGGCAAGUGGCGGCCCACAAGCGCUGGUCAACAUCAUGAGGACUUACACCUACGAGAAGCUGUUGUGGACCACAAGCCGCGUUCUCAAAGUUCUGUCAGUCUGCUCCAGUAACAAGCCUGCCAUCGUAGAAGCUGGUGGGAUGCAGGCCUUGGGACUUCAUCUGACAGACCCCAGUCAGAGACUAGUCCAAAACUGCCUCUGGACUCUCAGGAACUUAUCAGAUGCUGCCACCAAACAGGAGGGAAUGGAGGGUCUGCUGGGAACUCUGGUGCAGCUGCUCGGCAGUGACGACAUUAACGUGGUGACCUGUGCUGCCGGCAUCCUCUCUAACCUGACCUGCAACAACUACAAGAACAAAAUGAUGGUCUGCCAGGUGGGAGGCAUUGAGGCGUUGGUUCGCACGGUGCUCCGGGCUGGAGACAGAGAGGACAUCACAGAGCCGGCCAUUUGUGCCCUGCGUCACCUCACAUCGCGACAUCAGGACGCUGAGAUGGCUCAGAAUGCUGUCAGACUCCACUAUGGCCUGCCUGUGGUUGUCAAAUUACUGCAUCCGCCGUCACACUGGCCACUCAUCAAGGCGACCGUUGGCCUGAUCCGUAAUCUGGCGCUGUGCCCUGCAAACCACGCCCCUCUGAGGGAGCAGGGGGCCAUCCCCAGACUGGUCCAGCUGCUGGUCAGGGCACACCAAGACACACAGAGACGCACCAGCAUGGGAGGCACGCAGCAGCAGUUUGUGGAGGGAGUUCGGAUGGAGGAGAUCGUGGAAGGCUGCACAGGAGCGCUUCACAUCCUGGCCAGAGACGUGCACAACAGAAUAGUCAUCAGAGGACUCAACACCAUUCCACUCUUCGUACAGCUGUUGUAUUCUCCCAUUGAGAACAUCCAGCGUGUCGCAGCAGGCGUCCUGUGUGAGCUGGCCCAGGACAAAGAGGCUGCAGAGGCCAUCGAGGCCGAAGGGGCCACCGCUCCACUCACAGAGCUGCUGCACAGCCGCAACGAAGGAGUCGCCACAUACGCAGCCGCAGUUUUGUUCCGCAUGUCGGAGGACAAACCCCAAGACUACAAGAAACGCCUCUCUGUAGAACUCACCAGCUCGCUGUUCAGGACGGAGCCGAUGGCCUGGAAUGAGACUGGAGAUCUGGGUUUGGACAUCGGCGCUCAGGGAGAGCCUCUGGGCUACAGACCGGAAGACCCGAGUUACCGUUCCUUCCACUCGGGAGGUUACGGAGGGGACACACUGGGCAUGGAGCCCAUGAUGGACCAUGAUCUGGGGGGAGGCCACCACCCUGGCCAGGAGUACCCCCCUGUAGAAGGGCUUCCUGACCUAGGACACGCCCAGGAACUCAUAGAGGGCCUGCCGCCCGGCGACUCCAACCAACUGGCCUGGUUUGAUACUGACCUGUAAAUACCGAGACCAACAUUACACUACACUUUCUACUAGCUGUAUCAUGUGAUCUGGAUGAACCUGCAUCGUGAUUCGCCCAUAUGGAGGAGGCGGGGUUUCAGAAAGUGCCUGAAGAAGACUCAACAACAGCAAGCAGAGUUUCCUGUCUACGGGAACUCCAUUGGGACAAACUAGAUUUGAGUGCGGUUCGGUUCUGGUCUCAGCCUGAUGGGGGGCUGACUUCAAAUCCUGACAUGACUCACAGAUUUUGAUCUCAACGAUUGGUUUUCAAAAACCCUUUUUAUGUCCAUUUAAUUUUUACUUCCUUCGGUUGUUUUGCUUUUUUGUAUUCCGUUUUGUCUGUAUGGUACAAACUGAAUUAGCUUGCUUUCCCCCCCAUUAUUCUGAGUUAUGAUACACAUCUCUUGUUUUUGCAGUUCUUUGUAUUUUGAGUUUGUCUCUCUGGUAGUAUUUGAGUUUUUUUGUUUUUUCAAUUUUUUUUUUUUUUUUUUUUGUGGUAAUGCUCCAUCCCAGUAAAGAAUCUGAUCACAUUUUAAAUGGUGUCCAAACACUAAAGUUAAUCAGUUGAAUUGUAUUCUGAUGAUCAAGUGUAACAUUGUGUAGCUUUUGUAUAAAAAAAACAAACGAAAAAAAAAAAAAAACAUGAAUUGGAAAUCAUGGUCCAAAUAUCAAGCUAUUUUCUU